AUGCUUGGCCGACACAUAGAAAAUCAGUGCCGACCUAGUACUCUCCCAACUGACCCCGAUCAUGUUAAUCUAGUCAAUACCGAGGUAGAAAGCCGACUCAUGGCCCCACCUUCAGAGCCCCUCAGGCCGGUGGAUGCGGAGGAAAUCAAAGAUAUUAUUAAAGAUUUGAAUUCCAGAAAGGCCCCAGGCCUGGACGUGUGGUCGGCGGCGGGGUGCGGGCGCGGGUCGGCGCGCUCGACGCCGGGCGGCAAGAAGCCGCGCCGCCGCGUCGCGUCCGUCGCGCAGCGCCGCGCCGCCAACAUCCGCGAGCGGCGACGUAUGUUCAACCUCAACGAAGCCUUCGACAAGCUGAGACGGAAGGUGCCAACGUUCGCGUACGAGAAGCGUCUCUCCCGCAUCGAGACGCUGCGUCUGGCGAUCACGUACAUCAGCUUCAUGUGCGAGCUGCUGCACGGGUCGCCGCAGCCGCACCACGCGCACCUGCACCCUUCGCGACAUGCCUUCGAGGCCGACGUGCCCUGGUGCACUUAG